AGUUGGGAAGAUCAGAGACUGGAGGGGGGAGAAGGUGGGCUGAUACUCCCCCACAUUACAUGCAGAACCAGGACUUUUAUCUCCCCUUCCUUCUCCUCUCUCAGUCAGUACUUUGCAUCCUGGAGAAGACAGACACCUUCACCCAGUAGCAGUCUGUCCAAGCAGCCAUGGCUAAUAAAGGUCCCGCCUAUGGUAUGAGCCGUGAUGUCCAGUCUCGCAUCGAGAAGAAGUAUGAUGAUGAGCUGGAGCCUCGUCUAGUCCAGUGGAUUAAGUUGCAGUGUGGCGCAGAGGUGGGAGAGCCACCUGAGCCAGGAAGAUAUGGAUUCCAGCAGUGGCUAAAGAAUGGAGUGGUCCUCUCCAAACUGAUUAACAGCUUAUACCCCAAAGGAUCACACCCCGUGAAGAUCCCCGACCCUCCUCCCAGCAUGGUCUUCAAGCAGAUGGAGCAGGUGGCCCAGUUCCUGAAUGCAUCUGAGGCUUACGGAGUGGUGAAGACAGAUAUGUUCCAAACCGUAGACCUGUAUGAAGGAAAAGAUCUGGCUGCCGUUCAGAGGACAAUAGUAGCUCUUGGGAGUAUCGCAGUUACAAAAAAUGAUGGCCAAUACCAAGGAGACCCAUCCUGGUUUAUGAAGAAAGCCCAGGAGCACAAGCGGGACUUCUCCGAAGACAAACUGAAACAAGGAAAGCAUGUGAUCGGUUUGCAGAUGGGCAGCAACCAGGGGGCCUCCCAGUCUGGCAUGACGGGGUACGGCCGCCCUAGACAGAUUAUCAGCUAAAUUUAAGUCAAGAAGGGUUAACCUUGUCACUGCUGGAAGGGUCCUUGACUAAGACACAGCAGUGUAGGGGUAUACACAUUUCUAGCUCUUUAUGCAUCACAUUCAUGGCAGAAGCGCCCAGUUACAGCCCAUCCAAUUACAAGUAGAUGUAGUAACAGUGAAUACAAAAAUGUCAAUAUCCAAGUAGUCAUCAUCUCUUUUAUGCAAUGGUUUCUCACUACACACAGCUUAGUGUACAGAAUUACUGAAUAGAGGGUGCACUUAUAGCUUAGUAGCAGAUGACCGGGUCUGUGAACGCUUCUGAACCCCACAUUGGACUGAAUUUCACACAUAUCCAGUUUAAAAUAGGAGGAAACUCACUUGUAGUGACAUCACUUCAAUGGCAUGGCAGAAACACGUACCUUCAGCCGCCCCCGACCUGCAUGGUCCGCACUCAACCAUUAGAGACAUCGUUUAGGAGCAUCAGAAGUCUCAGUUUUGUUGCCUAUAUUCUUUGCCCUUGAAAAGCUCAUUUUUGACUACUUUUCGUCCACUCCGGCCUUCAUUCUGCACGGUCUUUUAGUUUCUGCCCCAUUAGCACCAUACUAGACACUACUAUGCUUUACAGCAGUAAAGAGGUUAAUCGGCUUAAGUCUUAACAAGGAAAUGUUCUAUCCAAUAAAGUGUUUUUAAGAUGAUUUUUUUAAACUUUUAUUUUUGAUCAAAAUAAAAUUGUUUAUCUCAUUAAA